AUGUCUCGCCUCAUCCAGUCUAAAGAGGGCGUUCCCAUCACCCUUCCCGACGGCCUCGCUGAAGAUCAGCUGUGGUCAUUCAAGCCAUUUACUACGUGGAUGAGCACCCUCUCCCGCUCCCUCGCGCUACAGUCCUCCGCCGACCACCCCUUCCGCGCGGAUCCCUACGCGCUGCGCUCCGUCACCGUCCAGGCCUUUGACCUCUUUGGCUCUUCCCGCGUCGGCUUCGUCAAGCUCGCGGCCGUCGUGUCCAACCGCGCCGGCGAGACGCUCCCCGCGGCCGCGCUCCUCCGCGGGCCCAGCGUCGCCAUGCUCGUCAUGCUCAUCCCCGACGACGCGGCCCCGGACUCUGACGAGCGCUACGUUGUCUUCACCGUGCAGCCGCGCGUGCCGGCGGGCAGUCUCGGCUUCGUCGAGCUGCCGGCGGGCAUGGUGGACGACUCGGGCCACUUUAAAGGCGUCGCGGCGCAGGAGAUUCAAGAGGAGCUGGGCAUUACCAUUGCAGAGGACGAGCUGCAGUGUCUGAGCGAUUUGGCAGCGGAAGACGAGCAGGAGAAGACGGGAGAGGGAGAAGGGCUGGCGGCGGCCAUGUUUCCGAGCGCGGGCGGGUGCGACGAGCAUGUGACAAUCUAUAGCCAUGAGCGCAGGAUUCCGAGGAGUGAGCUGCAGAGCUGGAGCGGACGGCUGACGGGGCUGCGGGACCACGGGGAGAAGAUCACGCUCAGGAUCGUGCCGAUGAGGGAGGCGUGGAAGGCGGGCGCGAGAGACGCGAAAGCGCUCGGGGCAUUGGCGUUGUGGGAGGGUCUGCGGCGAGAAGGCAAAGUCUAG